AAGUCAUGCGGUCGAAAAACAGAUGGUCGAAUAUUUAAUUAAUAUAGUUGAAAUAUUUUGUGGUCGAAUGGGUUUUUUGAUCGAAGUAAAGAUAAUGAUUAGCUUUUCGAUUACUUUAUCUAAUAUUUUUAUAGAUGUACCUAGCCCGUAUGUAGAUAUAUCGUAGUAGGUGUAUCGUAGUCUAUUAAAGUACUUUGAACAUUCAUAUAUAAUUGGUAGACAAGUUAUGAAAACAAGAGGAAGACCAAGAAGAGAACCAGUUUAUACGCCUCCACUUUUCCCUCCAGAAUUAUGGUCUGUAGCUGAAAGGUUAUCAUCAGGAUUGCCCAGGACGACAAAUACUGCAGAAUCCUGGCAUAGAAAAUUAAAUAGAUUAAUAUCGCCACAUCCGGGACUACAUAAAUUAAUCAAAACCUUACAAUCUACUCAAAACGAAACUGAAGCAGUAAUUGAGAUGCUACUUUAUGGGCGCAGUAAUAAAAAAAUGAAAAUUCAAGUCCAAUCCCACAAUAUACGUUUAAAAGAAGUGCAACAAAGAUUCUUAGCUGAUCCAGGUUAUGAUUUACUAGAGUAUUUAAGAGGAAUAGCACAAAAUUUAAAAUUUUAAUUACUCCCUAUAUUAUAUUGUUUAUACUAAACUAAUACUUAUAAGUUAUACUAGUAUAUAUACCUACCAAUUAUUUUAAUAUUUUAUUACAACUUUUUUUUACCUUAUAAUACCUACUUUAGUUAAUUUUAUAAUAUAAUUUAUGUUUUUUUUUAA